GAGUCGAGGUGGGGGAGGGGGCGCGAAAGCAGCUGAGCCUUGGAGGGCGCUGGGUGACAGGGACUUUGAAGACGUGGAGGAGUUGUCCCAGGGAUUCUUAGGUAGGAAAGGACCAGCUAAGGCUCUAGGUGGGCCAGGCCUGGAACGGAGACCACAGAGGCACUCACUGUAAGGAAAACAGUGGGCAGAAGGUAGGCCUCCGUGCACUCGGAUUGGGUAGCCCCUUCCAAUCAGCCGGAUGUCCCGCCUCCUGAGUGUUUCCUGGUUAAGGCUGAAGCGAUGGCGGCUCUGACAGAAGUGCAGCGGUUACAGGCCCGGCUAGAGGAGCUGGAGCGCUGGGUGUACGGGGCGGGCGGGGCGCGCGGCUCGAGGAAGGUAGCUGAUGGCUUGAUUAAGGUGCAGGUGGCUUUGGGCAACAUUUCCAGCAAAAGAGAGAGAGUUAAAGUCCUGUAUAAAAAGAUUGAAGACCUGAUAAAAUACCUGGAUCCUGAGUACAUCGAUCGGAUUACUGUUCCUAAUGCUGCCAAAUUGCAGUUCAUCUUAGCAGAGGAGCAGUUUAUUCUCUCCCAAGUGGCACUCCUGGAGCAGGUGGAGGCCCUGGCUCCCCUCCUGGACAGCUCUCACAUCAAAGCUGUCCCCAAGCAUGCUGCCCGGUUGCAGGCUCUGUCACAGAUCCACAUCCAGCAGCAGGAUCAGUGUCAGGAAGUCACUGAAGCAACCAAGGCGCUCCUGGAAGAGUACAACAAGAUGACGAUUCUCCUCUCCAAGCAGUUUAUCCAGUGGGAUGAGCUUCUGUCCCAGCUGGAGGCGGCAAAACAAGUAAAACCAACAGCAGAGUGAGGGAAGGCAUUCGUUGGCUGACGUGUUCCCCACUCAGGGCCCUCCAUUUCCUUGUAUUUAAUGUCUCAGUCCCCCACCCAGAUGGACGUGACCUGCCUAUGAGUGCCACCCCCACCCAGCUUUGUAUCCUCCCCUUCCACUUGGGAUGAGGAUUGGUCGUGUUUUUAUUAGAGUUUGGGGGAAGGGGCUUAGGGGGUUACUAUUCUUUGGUCAGCUCCAAUUUGAAGUGGAAAAGGAUGCCUGGCAGUCCCUGUCUUUCACUCACUAUGGCUGGAAGUUUAGGGGGCUCAGAAGUCAAGGUAACUUGCACAGAUGCAGGCCUUGUCUCUGGGUCCCUUUUUUCCUGCUAUAUCGCCACUGGCCCCUCACACCCUCUCCCCCAUAACCUACACCACACAAUAAAAAUCUGAACUCUGUUGUCCUUAUUACUGUAAUAAUAAAGAACUGACACAGAAAAAAAA